UAUUCUGGAAGGAAUGACCCGGAAGUAACUAAAUGCCAUGCUAGCACAUGUGCCAUGUUAAGAUUGUUUACUUUACUUCCUGCGCAGUUUAAAGUGACACAAUGAACAGCUGGAGAACAACUUUAGUGGCGGUCAACCGGAGCUCCGGUUUGAACGCCCACAUAUCGCUCGUAAAAACACGGACAAAUUGUCGCCGGUGUUCGGCAGCGGCACCGCGUCUCAGCCGGGGUCAGGCUACUGUCGCUGCAAAGCAAGCCUCAUCCGCGGAUAAAGGGGAGAAGCGUGGUGUUCGAGCUAUAGAUCUGGCUCGAAAGCUCCAGCAGGAAAAGUCCAAUUCCCAGGCGGCUGAAGCUCCGGUGUCCGGCAUGCAGAAGAAGGUGCUGGACUUGAAAAGGUUCAGUCUGCAGCUCCAGAAUGUUCAUCCCAACGUCCUGGCGAAGCACCUCAGCAGAAGCGUACUGUAUCAGGACAAGGACUUGGUUCUUGUCAACAAACCCUAUGAUGUUCCUGUUAGAGAUUCCGGCAGGGAUACGUCUAUCUCCUCUGUGCUUCCUGUUUUGUCCAAAAUGAUGGACGGGAUGAAGGUCAAGUCUGACUCUCAGCUGCUUCCAUGUCUGGGACUGGAGAAGGAGAUGACCGGUGUUCUUCUCCUGGCGAGGAGUGAAGCAGCAGCUCAGCACAUACAAGAACUCCACAGAAAUAAUCAAAUGCAGAGAAAAUAUUGGGUCGUUACAGUGGGGGUGCCAGUGCCAUCUGAGGGAAUGAUUGACAUUCCCAUCAUUGAGAGAGAAGUCACUGGUUCCCAACCUCAUUUCAAGAUGGCUUUAAGCCCGGUCUACAGAAUGAACGAAGAAGGAAAUGGCGUCACGAAAAUUCGAGCCCAUCGCCAAGCCCUUCCUGCCGUCACAAAGUACCGAGUCCUGGACAGCAGAAGUGGCUGCAGCCUCGUGGAGCUCCAAGCACUUACUGGUGUGAAGCACCAGAUGAGGGUCCAUAUGGCGUUUGCGUUGGCAUGCCCCAUUUUGGGUGACCACAAGUACUCGCACUGGAGCAAACUGGCACCACAGAAACUACCGGAACGUGUGCUGGGGAAGCUGGGUCUUGAACAGAGCAAAGUCCGCCACGUGCCGCUCCACUUGCACGCUCGACAGCUGACCGUGCCGGGACCCGAUGUCACGGUGUCAUGUCCGCUGCCGAAAUUUUUCAAACAAACACUCAGUCAACUGAACUUAACAUUUCCUAAUGACAAAGAUGACAAAUAACCAUCUUUUUGAUAUUUUGACGAGAUGAGUAUGUAUGACUGGUUCAAUCAGGGGUCUCAAACACGCGGCCCGCGGACCAAAUGUGGUCCGCAGGGCACUAGUUUGAGGCCCCCGCCUUCAUAUGAAAGUUUAAUGUCAGUGCGGCCCACGCAAGUUUGAUAUGGAUGCUGUAUGGCAGGGGUCUCAAACACGCGGCCGGCGGGCCAAAUGUGGCCCGCAGGACACUACUUUGAGGCCCCCGCCUUGAUAUGAAAGUUUAAUGUUAGUGCGGCCCGCGCAAGUUUGAUAUGGAUGCUGUAUGGUAUCAUGUACCCAGAAAAAAUUAUUACGUUUGAUUCAUGUUCAUGUUAAAGGUUAAAUAACUGUUAAUAGUUAUCCUCCCUAUCCGUGUGGAAGUGGUAAGUUUUUGGCUAUUUAAGUUGAAAGGAAAUAACUUGAAGGCUACCGUUUAGGUCGCUAGCUCUGUAGUUUGCGAGUUAGCAUGUGUCUCAAGACCAGAGGUCUCAAACACGCGGCCCGCGAGCCAAAUGUGGCCCGCAGGACACUAGUUUGAGGCCCCCGCCUCGAUAUGAAAGUUUAAUGUUAGUGCGGCCCGCGCAAGUUUGAUAUGGAUGCUGUAUGGUAUCAUGUACCCAGAAAAAAUUAUUACGUUUGAUUCAUGUUCAUGUUAAAGGUUAAAUAACUGUUAAUAGUUAUCCUCCCUAUCCGUGUGGAAGUGGUAAGUUUUUGGCUAUUUAAGUUGAAAGGAAAUAACUUGAAGGCUACCGAUGAGGUCGCUAGCUCUCUAGUUUGCGAGUUAGCAUGUGUCUCAAGACCCUGCAGUUGCGCAAUAUGUUGUAAAUAAAAAGAGUAUAAAUGUGACUAUAGUCGUGUUUUGUCAUGUCUACAGGGCUCUAAUAAUGCUUUGUUCAUUUUAAUCUGAAAAAAAUCAUUUGUCUACCCACCAACUAUAUGUGCUUUCUUAAGUUUUUAUUAUUUGCCGUUUUAUUAUUAUUAUUAUAUUUAUUACUGAUUAAUUUUCUUUAUUCUUGAUUUGUUUUUUUCAUCUUAUUUUGUGUAGAAAAAUAAAAAUUAAAAUAUUUGAGAACAGUGGAAUGUUUUAUCAGAGCUUUUCUUGUAGAAAAUCGGAACCAAAGCGAAGUUUUAAAAAUUUUUUUUGUUUUUAAUAAAUGCGUUUUUUUGUUGUUUUUUUUUUAAACCUGAUGCGGCCCAGUCUCACCCAGACCCUAGCUCCAGUGGCCCCCAAGUAAAUUGAGUUUGAGACCCCUGGUUUAAACGGGAUGUAGAUGCUAUAUUGCCAUUUUUUUUCCUAAAUAAAUGAAUAUAAAUGCAUGGUUGCUUUUAAAGGUCCAGUUCCUAGAUUUCUUUGUUUGUCAACAUUGACUAACUGAGGCAAGUGAGGCCUGCAGUUCUUUAGAUGUUGUUGCGGGGUCUUUUGCGACCUCUUCGAUGAGUCGUUGCUGCGCUCUUGGGGUCAUUUGGUUGGCUGGCAACUUGUGGAAAGAUUCACCACUGUUCCAUGUUUUGGCCAUUUGUGGAUAAUGGCUCUCGCUGUGGUCGGUUGGAGUCCCAAAAGUUUGGAAAUGGCUACGUAACCCUAUCACACUUGAUAUAUAACAUCAGUUUUAACGGGGAGUAGGUUUUUUUUUUGUUUUCUCUCUUAAUAAAAUUUAAAAAAUAAUUUAAAAACUGCAUUUUGUGUUGUCAUUAAAAUGUAAAUUUGUUUUAUCUGAAACGUUUGUGGCAAACGUAAAUAAAAAAUAAAUUUAUCUGUGUGCUGUCAUAACAGAGGUGGCUAGACACUUGCACAUGGGUUAAUUACGCACAUUUUUUUUACCCUA